AUGUUCUUCACUCGUUACCUCGCCUCCUUCCUCGUUGUUGCCGUCGCAGGAAUUGCCAGCGUCAAUGCUUCACCCAUCGCGGAGCCCAACAAUCUCGUCGAGCGCACGAAUCCGCCUCCACCUCCACCACCCAGUGGAGGAUGCAAUGUCGGGACUGCCCAAUGCUGCCAGACGACGUACUCCAGCGGUGAUCAGAUUGCCAGCACCCUUGGCGGAUUGCUCGGAAUUGCCAUCCCUGUCGAUAAUCUCUUUGUCGGUGUGCAGUGCUCUCCCAUCGUGAAUAUCCUCGGUGGAAGCGACACGUGCAACACCCAGGCCGUCUGCUGCAACAACAACAACUUCAACGGCCUCAUCAAUAUUGGAUGCUCGCCCAUUUCCCUUUGA